AUGUCAUUUUCGGAUUCAGAGUCGUCCUCCCAUGGCGGAGAGUACAAGACUUUCCGGCAAGUCAGCCGCGAUCGGCUGUUGUAUGAAAUGCUUCAAUCUUCCAAAUCAGGAGAUUCAAGAUCGUCGUGGAAGGUACUUAUCAUGGAUAAAGUCACAGUGAAAGUGAUGUCUCACUCCUGCAAAAUGGCAGAUAUCACAGACCAAGGAAUUUCAUUGGUAGAAGACCUUUUCAGAAGAAGACAACCUUUGCCAUCAAUGGAUGCCAUAUACUUCAUUCAACCUUCCAAGGAGAAUGUCAUUAUGUUCUUGUCAGACAUGUCAGGAAGAGAACCCUUAUACAGGAAAGCAUAUAUAUACUUCAGUUCAUCUGUGCCAAAAGAACUUGUUGCUCGAAUCAAGAAUGAUACUAGUGUGUUACCACGUAUUGGUGCAUUAAGAGAGAUGAAUUUGGAGUACUUCUCUAUCGACAGUCAGGCUUUUAUUACCGAUCAUGAAAGAGCACUAGAAGAACUCUUUGGUGAAGAUGCUUUAAAUUCUCGCAGAUUUGAUGCGUGCUUGAAUGUAAUGGCUACUAGAAUUGCUACUGUUUUUGCUUCAUUAAAGGAAUUUCCUUUUGUGAGAUAUCGAGCUGCCAAGUUACUUGAUGAUGCAUCAACGACGAAAACACCCCGUGAAUUGGUUCCUGCAAAGCUUGCUGCUGCUAUAUGGAACAACAUUAAAAUGUAUAAAUCAGCCAUUCCUAACUUUCCACAGACGGAAACGUGUGAAUUACUAAUAGUGGACAGAUCAAUAGAUCAGAUCGCUCCAAUUAUUCACGAAUGGACCUAUGAUGCUAUGUGCCAUGAUAUGCUUGAUUUGGAGGGAAACAAAUACGUGCAUGAGAUUCCAAGCAAAUCAGGAGGAGGAGAGCCUGAGAAAAAGGAAGUCCUUUUAGAAGACAACGACCCUGUCUGGCUUGAGCUCCGACAUGCUCAUAUAGCAGAGGCCAGUGAAAAGUUGAGCGAGAAGAUGACAAAUUUUGUUUCAAAGAACAAAGCAGCACAAUUGCAGCAGAGAGAUGGUAGUGAAUUGUCCACAAGAGACCUGCAGAAAAUGGUUCAAGCUUUACCACAAUACAAUGAACAAAUGGAGAAACUCUCUCUCCAUGUUGAGAUUGCUGGAAAACUGAAUGCAAUCAUCAGAGAAGUGGGUCUUCGAGAACUUGGACAACUCGAGCAAGAUCUUGUAUUUGGCGAUGCAGGAACAAAGGAAGUCAUCAAUUUUUUGAGAAUGAAGCAGAAUGGGAUGUGCGAGAAUAAGUUACGGCUUUUGAUGAUAUAUGCUUCCGUCUAUCCAGAAAAAUUUGAUGGUGACAAAGCAACAAAACUAAUGCAGUUGGCAAAAUUAUCAAGCGAGGACAUGAAGGCAGUGAAAAAUAUGAAAUUGCUCGAGGGAUCAGAUUCAAGAAAGACUUCAAAUGGGACUUUUUCACUCAAGUUUGAUUCGGCAAAGAGGAAGAAUGCUGCAAGAAAGGAUCGAACUGGUGAGGAAGAAGAAACAUGGGCGCUAUCUCGGUUUUAUCCUAUGAUAGAGGAAUUAAUAGAGAAGUUGAAUAAACGUGAACUGUCAAAAGAAGAUUAUCAAUGCAUGAAUAAUCCUAGUCCUUCCAGCGGGCCACCUCAGGGUGGAUCAGUGAGAUCAGGUCGAAAUAAUGUUCCCGCUCAGGGUGGAUCGGUGAGAUCAAGACGGACUGCAACAUGGGCACGAUCUCGAGCAUCUGACGAUGGAUAUUCAAGUGAUUCAGUUUUGAGAAAUGUAUCUAAUGAUUUUAAGAAGAUGGGACAGCGCAUUUUUAUAUUCAUAAUUGGUGGGGCAACCAGAUCUGAGCUAAGGGCUUGUCACAAGCUAACAGCAAAAUUGAGGAGGGAAGUAGUCCUUGGUUCAACUAGUAUUGAUAAUCCACCUCAAUAUAUCACGAAACUUAAGCUCUUGUCAGAAAAGGAGCUUUCUGUUGAUGGCCUCGGAAUCUAG